UCCGUCCGUACGUCAGUUCUUUUCCAUCCGCCGUCGUCGUCGAUCGUUCGCGUUCCACACUAGUGUUGGUUACGGAUUUUGUGUCUGCCUGCGUUUGAAAAUUUUCAUUCAGUAGACUGUGCGGAAAAGUGAAGGCCCUCAAAUUUUGCUGUAGCAGAGCUCAGACUCAGGUAGUGCGGGUUCUUGGAAGAAGAAAAAAUAGUGUUCGCCGUCUGGUUCUGAUUUAUAUUCCGGGCGGAGAACGUGCUAACGAGUUUUCGAGUGGAUUAUUCGGUGUACCUGACGGUGGAAUUCAGCCGAAAAAGGGGCUGGCUGGGGAUCUGCCCCGUGUGUGUGUUUUUUUUUCGGAUGGUGAAAAAGUGCCCCCUUGUGCUUAUGUGAAUCGAAAGAGGCGAAGGAAUACAAAAUAGGGUAAAAUGGCCUGCGCUAGCGCUACGACGACGGGCAACAGCAUGGAAGUGGUAGCGCCGACGAAUGUGUCCGUCGCGACCCGACCGACCAGGUUCACGAUGGAGGGCGUUGGAUCGCGGGUCAUCCGCGGACCGGACUGGAAAUGGGGCAAACAGGAUGGCGGUGAAGGCCACGUCGGAACGGUGCGCAAUUUCGAGUCCCAGGAGGAGGUGGUGGUCGUUUGGGACAAUGGCACGGCCGCCAACUAUCGAUGCGCGGGCGCAUACGAUCUACGAAUCCUGGACAGUGCCCCGACCGGGAUCAAGCACGAGGGCACCAUGUGCGACACCUGCCGCCAGACGCCGAUCUUUGGCAUACGCUGGAAGUGUGCCGAGUGUAAUAACUACGAUCUGUGCUCGAUUUGCUAUCAUGGAGAUAAGCAUCACUUGAGGCAUCGGUUUCACCGGAUUUCGACACCGGGAGGCGAGAAAACCCUGCUGGAACCGCGGCGAAAAUCGAAAAAGAUUGCCGUACGGGGGAUAUUUCCGGGAGCACGUGUUGUUCGGGGAGUCGAUUGGCAGUGGGAAGACCAGGACGGAGGCAAUGGUCGACGUGGGAAGGUUAAUGAGAUUCAGGACUGGUCAUCGGCGUCGCCGAGGUCAGCCGCCUACGUAGUGUGGGAUAAUGGAGCGAAGAAUUUGUACCGCGUAGGGUUCGAAGGUAUGGCCGAUUUGAAAGUCGUGAACGAUUCUAAAGGGAACAACGUUUAUCGGGACCACUUACCGCUGCUGGGUGAGUUCGGACCAGGACGGGGACCACACAGUUUCCAGAUUGGGGACCAGGUUACGGUGGAUUUGGAAAUUGAAAUUGUGCAAUCGCUGCAGCAUGGCCACGGUGGCUGGACCGAUGGGAUGUACGAAUGUUUGAACACUACCGGAACGGUGGUCGGAAUCGAUGAAGAUCAUGACAUCGUGGUGGCAUACCCCAGCUCACAUCGGUGGACUUUUAAUCCGACAGUGCUGACGAUCGUUUCGUCACCGGCUUCGAUGCUGAGCGAGAACCAGUUGCAGCAGUUCGCUGUGGGCGAUUUUGUGAAGAUUUGCAAUGAUCUGGAGAGGAUCAAAAUUUUACAGCGAGGACAUGGCGAAUGGGCCGAGGCAAUGGUCCCAACUCUGGGGAAGGUCGGCCGUGUGCAGCAGGUUUACCACGAUAAUGAUCUGAAGGUGGAAGUGUGCAAUACUUCGUGGACGUACAAUCCGCUGGCGGUUACAAAAGUGGCAUCUUCGUCGGAUGGGUCCACGGCCGUCACUACGAAUGGCGAACGACUGUCGGCAAUUUUGAAAAAGCUGUUCGAGCCCCACGCGUCGGGAGAUACGACCGAAGAGCUAGUGAAGGCAGCCGCCAAUGGAGACGUUGCCAAGGUUGAAGAAUUCCUCUCCGGAUCAUCCGCACAGAAUGUUCCUUCAUCUUCCACCAGCUCCCAGGAUUCGUCCCAGGUGGUGAAGGUCGAUGUCAAUGGGGUGUUUGCCGGUCAUACUGCUCUGCAGGCGGCCAGUCAGAAUGGUCACCUGGAAGUGAUUCAAGUGCUGCUGAGGUACAAUGCAGACGUUGAGAUCGAAGAUAAGGAUGGAGAUCGAGCGGUGCAUCAUGCUGCGUUUGGCGAUGAACCAGGUGUUAUGGGAUUGUUGGCUAAGGCCGGAGCGGAUCUAAACGCCCGGAAUAAGCGACGACAGACCGCGUUGCAUAUUGCAGUCAACAAGGGUCAUUUCAAUGUCGUCAAAACUUUAUUGGAGCUAAGCUGUCAUCCGAGCUUGCAGGAUUCCGAAGGAGACACACCUCUUCACGAUGCGAUUUCAAAGGAACAUGAUAAUAUGCUAUCGCUGUUGCUAGAUUUCGGUGCGGAUAUUACCCUAACCAACAACAACGGAUUUAACGCAUUGCAUCAUGCCGCACUAAAGGGCAAUCCCAGUGCCAUGAAGAUAUUACUUACGAAGACCAACCGACUGUGGAUAGUGGAAGAGAAAAAGGAAGAUGGCUACACCGCUUUACACCUGGCUGCGCUGAACAAUCACGUUGAGAUAGCGGAACUGCUGGUCAAAAUGGGCAAAGCCAACAUGGACUGCCAGAACGUCAACCUGCAAACGGCUCUACACCUCGCAGUCGAACGCCAACACGUACAAAUAGUUAAACUUCUAGUUCGCGAAGGAGCCAACCUAAACAUUCCCGAUAAAGAUGGUGAUACGCCUCUGCACGAAGCUCUGAGACAUCAUACCUUAUCUCAACUCCGGCAACUGCAGGACGUCGAGGGAUUCGGAAAGAUUCUUAUGGGACUGAGAAACAACACCGAUAAGAAAGCAUCCGCGUCCAUCGCCUGCUUCCUAGCGGCCAACGGUGCCGACCUAACAAUUAAAAAUCGGAAGCUCCAAACUCCUUUAGACCUGUGCCCGGAUCCAAACCUCUGCAAGACCCUUAUCAAAUGCUACAACGAACGUAAGACCGAUGAUAUGGACAUGACUGCUGCCGGUGGUACAGCAUUGCCCGGUCCCAACAUGAUGCGUAAUGGAGGAGCGCCGGUGACAGGUACGGCCACUGCUCCGAGCUCGUCAUCUCUGGUCCCUGGAUCUACUCCGGGAAUUUCGGCGUCCGGAGUGGUAGAUGCCAACCUACUGAACGAUCUGAACAAGAUGUCCAUCCAACCGACAGUUGGCGGUCAGAAUAGCGUUGCGGGAAGCAAUGGAAGCCCGCUGGAUGAGUGCUUGCUCUGCUCGGAUCAGAAACGGGAUACAGUAUUUAAACCGUGCGGACACGUUGUGUGCUGCGACAACUGCGGCCCGCGGAUAAAGAAAUGUUUGAUUUGUCGAGAAGCGGUUUCGGAACGGGAAAAGAUCGGAGAGUGUUUAGUUUGCUCCGAUAGGAAGGCUGCGGUAUUCUUCAAACCUUGCGGCCACAUGGUUGCCUGCGACAAUUGCGCCCAAAUCAUGAAGAAGUGCGUCCAGUGCCGAGUCCAACUGGAACAAAAGGUUCCUCUAUCGGUCUGUAGUGGGGGUCCUGGAAAUGUGGUCACUGUUCCAUAUCAGCGCGACGAGAAGAAGGAAGUCAACCAAACAGUUCUGCAGGGCAUCAACAAGAGCGGUCAUGGCGUUGCCAUGAACAAUACGAUGUCUCCGAAUGUGAGUGGCGUUAGUGGUACUCCGACUUCGCUUACCACGAUGAACAACAUCGGCGCUGGAAACGUCGCACCAAACAAUCUAAAUCUGGCCGACGAUGUGCAGAAAUUGCAACAGCAGCUGCAGGACAUCAAGGAACAGACGAUGUGCCCGGUCUGUUUCGAUCGCAUGAAGAACAUGGUCUUCAUGUGUGGCCAUGGAACAUGCCAGAUGUGCGGCGAUCAAAUCGAAGGAUGCCCAAUCUGUCGCAAAACGGUUGAGAAACGGAUUCUUAUGUUUUAACUUUCUAGCUGUGUUGCGUUACAUAACGUAUUCUCAAACAAGUAACGCCACGAGCAGCGAUUACUUGGCCGAGAAAACAUUCAACGAAAAUCAAAAAAAUCAAUCUCCUAAACGUAUGUUAUAAAUAGGUUUUAAAAAGUUUAUCAAUCCACAAUCAAAACCUAUUUCGGUUAGUAGUUGAAGCGGUUUAUUAUAGUUACAACGUUGAGAUUGUUUCACUCCUCUGGCGUUUCAACGGUGACGUUUGUUUUAAAACUUUUAUUUCGGCGCACAUAAUUAUUCCAUAGAUAACAAGUUUUAAAUCAGAUAAUGCAAUUGUUUAUUAUUUCACUGAAGAUAUGCAACUAUCUUCGCUGUUACACGAUUUUGCGCCAUCAACAAACAAACAUUUAAACAGAAACAAUCUGAAAAGUUGCAUUACAUACAAAUACAAAAAAAAAAACAAUUACUGUCCUUAAUAAUAUAUUUAGCUCCAAAAUUAUACAAAAUUCGCCUACAAAAUAUUAUUCUAGUUACAAAAAUAUAUUAGAAAAAUCAUAGUGGCCCAGUAUAAACAAAUAAGUCAAGCGUCAAAAAACGAUUUUAAUAGGAACCAGCAUUGCACAUAAUCAAUUUAUCACACCUCUGUACGGAAUAAUUCGAAAUAAAGUCGUAAAUAUCUAUCAAAUCUUAA